UGAGGCGGCAGAAUGCGUCGUUUUUUUUCAAAAAAAUUCGGUAGAGAAGCGAGUCCCCGCGGCUGCGCGAAGCCAGAGCACCGAGCGCCAUGUUUGUGAGGAAUAACCACAGCGUGUGAACAAAUUCCUUCUCCUCUCGCCAACCAAACUCACCAAGAACAAAACGGCGGAAAAAAAAGAGGGAUAUGGAUUACUCCAGCCAUAUGUUACACUCCGAGGUCCUGAGUGUAUCCUGGAGCAGCUCCAUUUACUUUAAUACAAACUUUGGAUUGUCCUGGGAAGCAAUCUAGAGUUGACCAACCAUGAGGGAAGACGGGGAACUUGAAGAUGGAGAGAUAGAUGAUGAUGGAACUGAAGGAACCCAGGAAGUAAAGAAAAGGACAAAAGAUGUUAAAGAAAAGGAAGAUAAAUCAUCUCAUAGGAGAUCUAAGAAGAAAAGAAAGCGAGAGAAAGAACGGGUAAAAAGAAAAGCAAAAAGAAGAAAGAAGGAGAAACACAAGAAGCAUUCCCCUUCCAGUGGGGAUUCAGAUUUCAGCUAUGACUCUGAUAUCGAUGCAGAAAAGUCGUACAAGAAAGGCCCUGCAAUCUACAGAGAUUUUGAUGCUUCUUUCAUUCCGCAUCCACAAGCACCUGGAAAUUACAUGAAGCCUGUUCCACCCUUGCCUGCUCAAAAAUCUUACAACAAUAAUAAUAAAUCUGAGAACCGGGAGUACCCGGAGAACCGGGAGUACCCGGAGAACCGGGAGUACCCGGAGAACCGGGAGUACCCGGAGAACCGGGAGUACCCGGAGAACCGGGAGUACCCGGAGAACCGGGAGUACGCUGAGUAUAGCGACUACAGUGAAGAGAAGUAUGAAGCCUAUGACGAAGAGGAGUGUGAUGAUUUCGCUCAUGAAUUGAAACAGUACAGACAGGCAAAGGAAGCCUCAACUGGGUAUAAUCCAAAAGGACCACCCCAUGGACAGAACAAAAUGCCUGGCAUGAAAGGUGGCCAGAAAGGUCCCAUGCAAAAAGGUAGAGGUCGAGGAUUUGGUCGUGGACGUGGUAUGCGAGGACAACACAAACAGAAGCGCAAAGGUUGGGGUCCUGGAAGAGGAUCUGACGGUUCUAUGAUGGAAGGUGGUGAUGAGGAUGGUUAUGGAGGAACAUAUGGAGGACCACAUUUUCCGCAGAAGAGAAAAAACAAAAAUCAAGAUUUCUGUCACCGAGGUUCAGGGGAAAAAAAUAGAAGAGGAGGCAUAUGCAAGUAUUUUCUGGAGGGACGCUGUAAUAGGGGGGACCAAUGCCGGUACAGUCAUGACGUAGUUCUAGAGAAGAAGAAGGAUAUCUGCAAAUUUUAUCUAAAUGGUUAUUGUACCAAAGGAGAUAACUGUAUUUUCAUGCAUGGUGAAUAUCCAUGUAAGUUCUACCAUACAGGAGCAAAAUGCUACCAAGGAGAUUCCUGCAAAUUUUCUCAUGCUCCACUUACUGAAGAAACCAGGGAACUGUUAGAGAAGGUGUUAACCAGUGAAACUGAAGCAAUGUUUAAGUCAUCCUUUCCUGUUGAUGAUUAUACAUAUGAAUAUAAUGAAGAAGACGAUAGACAAGAACUGGAAGAACUUGAGAGACAAGGCAUAACUCCUCUUUCUAAACCACCAUCAGGGAUUGGAUUAUUGCCAACUCCUCCACAGGGCUUUCCUGGUCUAGAGUCCCUAGGUCCUCAACCACCCACUUCGCCUGGUGGAUCAGAUAGGAAGAUUCCCUCCUUGUUUGAUAUUGUUGUACAGCCAACUGGUGGAUUUGUGCACAAGAUGGGAAUGAGGCCGCAAUUUUAUAACAGCACAUCACCUGAGCAUCCAUUUCAAGGAAACAACCAACCUCCACCUCCUCAGAUGUUUGGAACUGGUCCGAUUCCAAUGCCUGGCCCAAAUAUGGGUCCUCCAGGAUCUAAUGAACUUUCAGAGGCUCCGGGUACUUUUGGUCCUCCCUGUCCACAUGAUCUGCCACCACCACCACCAGGCAUGCCGCCAAUGCUACCAGGACCACCUGGAGCACCAAUGCCUCCCUGUCACCCUGAUUUCCCUAUGCCGCCAGGAUUUCCUGGGCCACCAAUAAAUUCAGGACCAAAUGGAGCUCCAGGUCCGAUGGGAUUUCAGGGACCUAUGAUGAACAUGCCCAUGGAGCACCAUCAGUUUCCACCACAGUCAUCACCAAAUCAAAUGCAUCCACAGUUUCCUAUGGAUGCACCACCACAAAUGCAGCAAGAUGGUAUGUUCCAGCAAAUGCAAAAUCCAAUGGCUUUUUAUAGCUCUUAUUAUUCACAACAAGCAGUGCACAGUUUGGAGCAAGAAAACCAUAUGGGAGAUGGAGCAUCAAGUUCUACAACAGAGAUGAGAGAUUAUCAGUCUCAUUUAGGCACCGAUGAUUCUAGAGAGAGUGACAGUGAAUCAGAUGCCAGUAGCUCAACGGGUCGUAAGACAGCUGUUAGUGUUCCAGACUUUCUCCCAGCUAAACAAAAAGCCUUGUUCCUGAGAAUUAAGCAGAAGCAGCAAGAAGAGGGACAACAAGAUAAUUGUGGACAAUCUCAGCGGUUGCAGAGCAAAGAUGAAGAUGAGGCUGUAAACUGGUAUUCCAGUGAUGAAGAGGAAGAUGGUAUCAGUGUAAAAUCAAUACUGAAGACCCUUAAGAAACAGAGUGAGAGCAUAAAGAGCCAACAGUCUCGUACAAUGGAACAGACAUCUUACACAUCUAUGGACCCUAGACUUGUGAAGGAAAAAAUGUCUGAAAAUAAACUUUCAGAUCUUCGGUUACGAGCUGACCCACGCCAGGGAGAGAUGAAAAAACCUUUAGAGUUGGUCACUGCUGAUCCCAGGCUAUUAAGGGAUCCCAGAAAGAUGAAGGGUCAGGAGCAUGCUAGUAUAGGGCUUUCAGUUGGUGAAAGCCCCAAGCAAGACUUUCAUUAUGUACAAACAUCAAACAAUAAGCAGCAAGCUAUGGAUGAUGAUGAAGAUGGAGAACGAGAGCUGAGAGAGAAGCCUGCCAUAAUACCUUUGGAGAUGAUGGCUAGUGUGACUUUAAAGGAUCCACGAUGUCAAUUAAAACAGUUCAGUCACAUAAAAAUGGACAUUACCCUCUCCAAGCCACACUUUGCAAAACUUGUUGUUUGGACUCCUGAAGAUCUACUGCCAUUGCCACUGCCAAAGCCAGACCCUGUAUCUUCAAUAAAUUUGCCUCUCCCUCCUUUAAUAGCUAAUCAACGGUUGAAUAGAGCUCUGAAUAUUGCAAUUGAACCUCGUCCGGUUGCUGAUCCACGCUUGUCUUUGAGACCUAAAGAGAGUACCACAAUAAAAAGCACUGAAAAAAUUGCAGAGCCCAGGGCUGACAGACCUUUAGAUCCACGAUUGCAAAAGUCAUCUGAUCCCCGACUGCUAAAACCCAGCAGCACAGAUACUACUGCAAAAGAGUCCCACCCUGUACGAGUAGAUCCUCGCUUGUCAAAAAUAAGUGGUGGCUCUACACAAGUAUCGGGAGUGAGUGCAAAAACAGAUCAGUCCCCACUUCCCCCUUAUGCUCCCAAAUUGUCUGUAGGUGGAGCAGGAGUUGGAGCUCCCAGCACUUUGCUCAGUGGCAUCAGUCUCUAUGACCCACGGACACAGACUUCUCAAAGCUUAGUAACUUCUGUGUCAACCACACAGGCCGAUUCCAAUAACGAAGGAGAGCAGCAAAAGAAACCUAUACCAAAACCUGCCAUCAAACUUGAAAAUGUGCAGAGUGAUUCCUCACUCAUUUAUAAAUCUACAUCAGUGCAGGAGAGUAGGAACACAGACAAUACAACAGAUGUUAUCACAGAGAAAUCUAAUAACUGCAGGUCUCAAUUAAAGCCUGGAGCACUGCAGACAACUGCUGCUCCUGCAGUUCUCAGUGCUGUUCCUGCAGUUCAUAACCUACCCAUUCAGGCUUUAGCUGGCCUCAUCAGACCACAGUACAAUGAUCCAAGGCAGACUAAACAUUCUGGGCCAGCUGCUCAAGUGGAGGAAAGUGAUUUAAAUAGUAAGAAGGGUAAAAAACCACUGAAAGAAAUGUUCAAGACUUUCGAUCCAACUGCAUCACCUUUCUGUUAGUUUCUACUCCUUGAAAACCUGAUGUUCACCAUGUAUAUUGUUUGUCAAAAUUCUUUAACUUAUUUGGCUUGUUUUAUUUAUUUAUUUUUUUACUAUGUACAGUCUCUAAUUGUCCAGAGAAAUGCAUGCAGUGGCAUAUGUCAGACUGUGUGACUAAUUUUUUUUGGGUCAGUGUAUGUAAGAGCUACAUUUUGAAUUAAUUUUUUAUGGUAAUAGACAUAUGUAUUAUAGAGAGUAUAACUGUGACCAUAUUGCAAACUUCUUCCCGGUGAAGUAAAUCUCGUAUGUGUACCGAAAUGUGGAAUUGGUUCAAACUUAUUGUACGGUUCUCACAUUCUAAAGUUAUUUCUUGCUUGGGUAUUAAGUGUGAUUAUGUAUUAUUGAAGUAGUACACUGAAGAACUAUAAACUGUUUUUAGUAUUUUUGUUGGAAAUACAGCUAAUCUUAAAUUACUGCCUCUUUUUUAUUGUACAGUUUGAGUAGUACCACUCUAAAGAUGGUAUAUUGUAUAAAGUACAAGGUCCUAACAGGUUUUGUCAGUUAACUUUGAAAUGGAUGCUGAUUUGUGCACUGCAAUUUUUUUUAAACUUAGUUGCUUUAAGAUUUUUGUCACAAUCAAGUGUGUGGAACCAUUUGCAUUUAGACACUGCCCAUUGAUAUGCACUGUACAUCUCCAAUUAUGUGAUUAUUUAUGAAAGUAUUGACAGUAAACUGAAUGGCAGGUAGUAAUCAUCUGUUUAAUUUGCAAGUUACCUAGAACCAUGACUUAAUGAAAAUUAAUGUACACAAUGUAUCAAACAUUUAUUGUGAAGAUAAUCACAUUUGUUCAGUUCGAGUAAGUCCUAAAUUACUGAAUAUGUUAUCCAUUUAAUACAGGGAACUAUCAGUGGAUUAUUGUGCAUUAAUAAGUGUAUGAGCUUGUUCUUUACGUAUGACACCAUAUUUUCAUAUUAAGCUACUGAUAUUUAGUUAGCUUUAUAGACACAAAGCCUACUGUAAAAGCUUUUUGUACAAAUGUAUUAAAAUCUUUAAACUAUA